AUGGCUCGCCGACAACGAAAGACAGUUGACCCGUUACCCGACGACAGCGACCCAGAGAGCACCGAAGAUGGUCACUAUGAUACGGACUUCACAGAGCCUGAAGACGAGGGCUCGCAGGACAAAGAUGUCAGUGAUGCGGCACUUCUCUUUGCGGAUAACGAGCAUCCACCAGAGUACUAUAUCCAGCAGCUUGCGGACUUCGACGAGACCGACUACACCAAGGAGGACUAUGGAAAGGGUACCCAAUCGGGUGGAAGAAAAGUGGUCGCAAAAGUGGUCGCAGUGUUUCGCCUGGUGUAUAAAAGAGCAACUUCGAACAAGAUCACAAAGCAAAUGAACGGCCAGAUGCGUCGUGUGAUUCGAAGGCUGGCCAAAAAACACAAACUGUCCUCAAAAGGGCGCGACAAACCGGCGAUGGAUGUCGAGGAUUUGACCAAGGUUGUAGAGACCACGGUCAGUACGACGAAGAAGAAGUUUGGCCAUGGUCGUCACCGUAUCGAACUAGCACUCUUCCUGCAGUUUGCUGGCCUGACAACCAACCGUCCUCAGGCCAUUCUGAAUCUUCGGCAUCGCCACAUUCAAGUCAGCUUGCUACGUGACCCGCAAGGCGGCCCUCAUCGCAUUAUUAUCGAGUUCACUUUUGGGUUUACUAAAGAAUGGCUCGGUGCAAAGGAUGCCGACACAUACAUUCUCCCUGAAAUCAUCUUUGAUCCUUCUCUCGUCCUUAGCGAGGAAGUCCUUGUUUCUGCAUGCCAGAUCCCACAGCUUCGGAUCCCUGAUGGAUGCAACGAGCUCCCGCUGCACAUCGAUCCGGCACUGGAUGAUGUACCUAUAUUCCGAAUGUCAGAACGAACAAUGCAAGGCAUCUCCAUAUCUCCUGAUAAGCCGCUUCCUUAUACGACGAUUGAACCUUGGGUAAAGAAGAUAGGCGUGAUCACCGGCUUUCCGCAAGUUACGUGUCCAUACAGCUUGCGAUAUGGGGCCGGGACAGCAUUAGACAGCAGCGGAUCUGUUAGUGAUUCACUGCGCAACCUUAUCAUGCAUCAUGCCGACACUCGCACCUUUUUGCGCUAUUAUCUCAGCAGAAGGAUCAAUAAAAACCUCCCUGUCAUUACUUGCGGUCUGAACCCUGAAGACGACAUCAUGCGUGCUGCAUGCCGGAUAAGCCGAUCUAUCGAUCCGAAUCGCCCUCAGGAAUUGACUACCGCACAAUCGUCCUCCGUCAACCAAAAUCCGGAAAUCGCUGACCUCAUUCGCCGGCGUGAUGAGCUUAGUCGCCAAAUGGGGCGCCCAUUGUCAAAUUAUUAUAAGACAGAGCAAUACACAAUAUACAAGAAGCUGAACCAAGAGAUCGCGGGGGCUAGGCAGCGCGCACGGAAUGCAUUGCUCACUCAAAUUCAAGCAAAGUACGACCGCGAGCAACCGAUGUUGGAAAUCAGACGUCAGCUGUCUGGAUUCAACCUGGCCGAGGAAGAAAAACCUCUCAAAUGUUCAGAAGCGGUACCACUGCCUCAGAAGCGACUGAUUGAGAGCCUUCUCACCCUACCUCGCCCGACACUCGAAGAGGAAGUGGCUGAGACGGACGGAAACCAUUGA